GACACUUGCUGUGGGAGAGAGGAGCCAGAGGACGAAGAGAGAUUGGUCGCCGCUCAAACAAACAAACAAAAACAGAUCACUUUCACUCGCCGCACAUCAUCCCAACAUGGCUUCAAAAUGUCCCAAGUGUGACAAGACGGUGUAUUUCGCUGAAAAGGUGUCAUCACUGGGGAAAGACUGGCACAAGUUGUGUCUCAAGUGCGACCGCUGCAACAAGCUUCUUAACGCUGGAGGCCACGCUGAGCACGAUGGAAGGCCCUACUGCCACAAGCCGUGCUAUGCUGCCCUCUUUGGGCCAAAAGGUGUGAACAUUGGUGGAGCAGGCUCUUAUGUGUAUGACGCUCCAGUCAACAACAACCCCACUGGUGUGGAUUCAGCUCCCAAAGCUGAGGAGAAGCGAAUGUACGCACCAAAGGCACCAUCGAAAGCAGCUGGAAGCAUCACCACUUUUUCUGGCGAGGCCAACCUAUGUCCCCGAUGCAACAAGAAGGUGUAUUUUGCUGAGAAGGUGACAUCACUGGGCAAGGACUGGCAUCGACCCUGUCUGCGCUGUGAGAGGUGCAGCAAGACUCUUUCUGCUGGCAGCCACGCAGAGCAUGACGGCCAGCCCUACUGCCACAAACCAUGCUAUGCUGUUCUCUUUGGGCCCAAAGGCGUGAACACUGGUGGUGUGGGCAGCUACAUCUAUGACAAGGAGCCCAGUGCAGUUACCCAGCCCUGAACCUUUGUCCCCUCAGCCUCAUCCCUCCUCUCUACACAACACUGACCAUCAACCACAGUAUCUGUAGCCUUUUUCCACUUGCCCACCUGUGUGUUCAUACCUUAGAAGACCAGCUUUCUGCUCCCGAUUCUUUUCCCCUCUAUGCUGAUCCACUCCCAGCAGCCCCAGAUCAGAUGAUUCAUUGAUUACAAAUGCUGCCUAGACAUGAUAUUGACGUGAUAUAUUACAUUAUAUUAUAUAUAUAGUAUAUAUUUACUCCAGGAGACUCCUCAGCACAACCACAUCCAGCAUUCCCACAUGAUUGACUCGAUUCGUUAAAUAAUCGUAACCAGUUUUGCCAUUUUUACACAUUUAUAAAUGUAUGUCACCACUUUAAAUGUCACUACAGUAAGACCUUAAGGUCUUAACUGUCAGUUUUGCACCAAGAGAACAGUGUGAGGAGGUUUUGACAUGUAUGUCUAAAAUUUAAAAGGAAAAAAAAUGAGAUGGAAAGUGAAUCUCAGGUGGGGGAAGGUGCAUUGUGCUUACAACCAGAUGAUUUUCACCUCAGAGGCUGCUGCAUGCACAGGUGGUGCUCAGGAGGAGCACGUUGCCAAUAAUGAGAAAAAAAAUUAAAAAAAUACUAAAUCUGUAUGUUGGCUGCUUUAUAACAUUCCUUAUGUGGAAGAAAAAAAAAAAGUGAUGAAAAAUGGUCAGAACAUAUUGUAUAAAAAAAAAUAUGCAAAAGUGGAUCUCUGAGGCGACUGUUACAUGAUUUUCAAAACAUCCAUGAGGCUGUAUCCUUUUGAGCCUAUAUUAGCCAGGUUAAUGGCUGAAUCUGGAAUAUAAAAUAUGUUGCGCUAAACAUUUUGUCCCAGUUUUUUUAUACUAUACUGUUUUAUACUAUAAAGCGAGGAAGAAUGUGGGUGAAGGUUUGGGGAAGGUUGGGCUGUGCCAGGGGAGAAACAUGUAUUUAUUGCUUUAAUUCAAGUCCUUUAAAUUUCAUUAGCCAUUGUACUACUACCCUUUGUGACACUGAUUAUGAAGAAGGUAAAAUGAGGUGACGUAAGCUGUAUAAUUCUCUACAAUCAAGAUUUUUAUUGUUAUUUUCAAAUAAAUAACCCUGCUGUUAUUAUCAUCCAAGAGAUGACGCGCUAUUUGAAGUUUUGUAUUUUUUUGCCAUUAGCAGAAACAGUAGUUUAGCUUCUAGAAACCGAGACGAGGCACUGCAGACAAGUCAUUCGGUAAGAAUGUGCAAUUUAGUAUUAUUAUAUGACUGUUACUUUGUUUGCUUAUUACCUGUUGUACAUCGUGGGGCUUUAUAGACGCUGCAGGGAUCACCGUUUGUAGAACUGAAACGCUGCACAUCAGCCCUGCUACAUUUGUCCUUUUGAUCCCUUGAUUAAAUAUUUCAGAAACUCUUCAUCUGUGUUACUACGAUUGUUUGACAGAUUAUGACCUCCUCUUCCUGUUGAUUAAUUUCAAUAAACAAACAUUACAUGUGG